AUGCCUGUGCUAGAGAAACCCACACAGAAGGAGAAAGAUGCAUGCAGCAAAGAUGAGACAACACUGCCCAAGCUUCCAGUGCCUCCACUGCAACAGACCUUGCACAUGUACCUACAAUGCGUGAAACACUUGAUUCCAGAGGAGCAAUUUAGGAAGACCACGGCCAUAGUAGAACAAUUUGGAGUUUCAGGAGGCCUAGGAGAAUCCUUACAGCAAAAACUUCUAGAUAGAAGGGAGAAGACUGGAAACUGGGUGUUUAACUACUGGUUGGAUGACAUGUACCUCAACAACCGGUUGGCUCUUCCAGUCAAUUCCAGCCCUGCAAUUAUCUUUGCCCGUCAACAUUUCAAGGAUGUGAAUGACCAGCUGAGGUUUGCUGCUAAUCUCAUUUCAGGAGUGCUGGAUUAUAAAGCUUUACUGGAUGCCAAUGCUAUACCUGUUGAUUUUGCUCGUGGACAGCAGUCUGGUCAUCCUCUCUGUAUGAAGCAAUACUAUGGACUCUUUUCUUCCUAUCGUCUUCCAGGCCAUACCAAAGAUACUCUUGUGGCCCAGAAAAGCAGCAUAAUGCCAGAACCAGAGCACAUCAUUGUUGCUUGUAACAAUCAGUUCUUUGUUUUGGAUGUUGUUAUUAAUUUCCGCCGUCUCAGCGAAGGGGAUCUGUUCACUCAGUUAAGAAAGAUAGUCAAAAUGGCAGAGAACGAAGAAGAGAGGCUGCCUCCAAUUGGUUUACUGACAUCUGAUGGAAGAACUGAGUGGGCAGAGGCCAGGACAAUCCUCAUGAAAGACUCUACUAACCGAGACUCCCUGGAUAUGAUUGAACGGUGUAUAUGCCUGGUGUGUCUGGAUGGCCCAAGUGGGGUGGAACUCAACAAUACAAAUAUGGCUUUGCAACUUCUACAUGGGGGAGGCUAUGAUAAAAAUGGUGCCAAUCGCUGGUAUGACAAACCCAUGCAGUUUGUUGUGGGAAGAGAUGGAGUCUGUGGCACUGUGUGUGAACACUCCCCUUUCGAUGGGAUCGUCCUGGUACAGUGCACCGAACAUUUGCUCAAGCACAUGAAGGAAAGCUCUAAGAAAUUAGUCAGAGCUGAUUCAGUGAGUGAGCUUCCUACUCCAAGGAGAUUGAGAUGGAAAUGCUCUCCAGAAAUUCAGGGACACUUAGCAUCAUCAGCAGAAAAACUUCGAAGGAUAGUAAACAAUCUAGAUUUUAUUGUUUAUACAUUUGAAAACUAUGGAAAAGAGUUUAUCAAGAAACAAAAGACUAGCCCCGAUGCCUACAUUCAAGUAGCACUUCAGCUGGCAUUUUACAGAUGCCACAGGAGACUUGUUCCUACCUAUGAAAGUGCUUCCAUACGCCGAUUUGAAGAGGGAAGAGUCGACAAUAUUAGGUCUGCAACCCCAGAAGUUUUAGCUUUUGUAAAAGCAAUGAUUGAUGACAAGUCAUCUCUACUGGAAUCUGAGAAGAUGCAACGAUUUAAAGAUGCAAUCGCAGCACAGACUAAUUAUACUAUUUUGGCCAUUACUGGAAUGGCAAUUGACAAUCACUUGCUAGGGCUCAGAGAGACAGCACGGGAGCACUUCAAGGAACUGCCAGAGAUAUUUACAGAUGAAACAUAUUUGACAAGCAGUCGAUUUAUCCUCUCAACCAGUCAGGUUCCAACCACCAUGGAAAUGUUCUGCUGUUAUGGGCCUGUGGUCUCCAGUGGUUAUGGUGCAUGUUAUAACCCACAGCCAGAGCAUAUAUUAUUCUGCAUCUCAAGCUUUAAAGAAUGUAAAGAGACCUCCUCAGUCAUGUUUGCUAAAGCUGUGGAAGAAAGUCUCAUGGAAAUGAGAGAUUUGUGCAGCAAAUGCAACUCUACUACGACAAAAUCACUGUCUAAACAAGAAACAGCUGCAAAAUCUCAAAAUGGACGCAAGCUCUAA